ACCCCAGAACAGGGGCCACGCAGGGUCCCCGCUCCUGGCCUUGGCCUGGGAGGGUCCGGGCGGCUCUGAGGACUGAGGUGCUCCCUCACGUUGUGCUGCGGAGACUCGGAGAGGUGCCCUCGCCACCUACCAGCCCUGCCCAGUGUCGCCAUGCCUCGGGGCCAGAAGAGCAAGGUCCCUGCCCGGGAGAAACGCCACCAGGGCCGUGGUGAGGCUCAGAGUGUCGGGGGUGCUCCUGCUGCCGCAGCAGCAGCCGCCGCAGCAGAGGAGCCCCCCCGCUGCCCCCCACCCGAUGCGGGGGCGAUGCCCCCGGGCUCCCCCGAGGCGGGUCCCGCCCCGCAGCCCCAGGGCGCCCCGGCCCCUGGGUCUCCUGGCGCGGGCCCUCCAGGCCCACCACGUGACCAGGGCGCCGAGAACGCGGCCGCCCCCGCGGCCCCCCCGGCCGCCCGCAAAGACCCCCUCACCCGCAAGGCCAGCUUGCUGGUGCAAUUCCUGCUGGAGAAGCACAGCAGCGGGGAGCCCAUCACGCGGGCCGUGAUGCUGAAGAUGGUCAGCAGGAAGUACCGCGAGCACUUCCCCGAGAUCUUCAGGCUCGCCUCGGAGCGCAUGGAUCUGGUCUUCGGGCUCGAGCUCAGGGAGGUCGACGCCCGCAGCCAGUCCUACGCCCUGGUCAGCAAGCUGGCCCUCCCGAGCGACGGCACCCUGGGCGGCGGCAACAAGGGGCUGCCCAAGACCGGCCUCCUAAUGGCGCUCCUGGGCCUGAUCUUCAUGAAGGGCAACCGCGCCACCGAGGAGGAGGUCUGGGAGUUCCUCAACAUGCUGGGCAUGCACCAGGGCAGGAGGCACCUGAUCUUCGGCGAGCCCCGGAAGCUCAUCACCCAAGACCUGGUGCGCCAGGGCUACCUGGAGUACCGCGCGGUGCCCGCCAGCGACCCUCCGCGCCACGAGUUCCUGUGGGGCCCGCGAGCCCGCGCGGAGACCAGCAAGAUGCAGGUGCUGCAGGUGCUGGCCAAGAUCAACGACACCGUGCCCAGCAGCUUCCCCGCGCUGUACGAGGAGGCGCUGCAAGAGCAGCAGGAGCGCGCAGCGGCCCGUGGCUGGCGCCGCAUCUAGUCAAAUCAGCUGGGGCGGCUGCUUUUCCUUGCGGUGGAAGAGGGCAGUCGACCUUCCAGGUCGUGCAGAGUCCUAGGGGUUGGAGGGGACAAAGCACAGAUCUUCUUCCUAUUUGUUCAAAACGGCUAGCUUCUAUAAACACAUACACAGUUAUAUUUAUUUAGGUGUUUUCCAAUGUUUUUUCUUGGAAUAGCUCAUUUAGUUCUAGAAUAUAAACUUAAGAAUGUCAUGGCUCUCAUUUAUCGCUGUUUCACAAAUGAGAGUUACAGCGUUGGUGUCUAUCACAAAGAAAGUCACAAACCAUCUAUAUUGUAUUCGUGAUCCAAAAGCAGGUAACAUGGCACUGCAAUAGGGAUUUUCAUGGAAAUGUGGAAGAACCACACAGUAAAACAGUUAGGAACACAAAAUGGAGAAAAAAAUAGUUAAAAAAAAAUAAAAGGUGUUUAAUUCA